AUGAGUGGCCACUAGAACGAAGAUACACAAGUCAGGAGCUAGAGAAGGAGUGCAUUUUGCAGUGAAGGCUGUCUGGAUGGAGCCGCAUUUUACAGUGAAACCUGUCUGGAUGGAGCCUCUGGCCAUCCUGCUGCUGGCAUGCCUGCCAGUCUCUUCAGCGUACCCUCUGCACGGAGCAGUGAGGCAAGAAGACCACCCAAGCGUGGAUCUUGCUCAGCAAUAUCUAGAAAAGUACUACAACUUUGGGAAAAAUGAGAAGCAAGCGUUUAGAAGAAAGGACAGCAGUCCUGUUGUCACAAAGAUCCAAGAGAUGCAGAAGUUCCUGGGGCUGGAGAUGACAGGGAAGCUGGACUCCCCCACCAUGGACAUGAUGCUCAAGCCCAGGUGUGGCGUCCCCGAUGUUGGUGGCUUCAGCACCUUCCCAGAUUCGCCCAAGUGGAGGAAGAACCACCUCACCUACAGGAUUGUGAAUUAUACGCCAGAUUUACCGAAAGAGAGUGUAGACGCUGCCAUUGAGAAAGCGUUGAAAGUCUGGGAGGCGGUGACCCCACUCACGUUCUCCAGGCUCUCUGAAGGAGAGGCUGACAUAAUGGUCUCCUUCGCAGCAGGAGAGCAUGGAGACUUUUACCCCUUUGAUGGACCAGGACAGAGUCUGGCUCAUGCCUACCCACCGGGGCCUGGAUUUUAUGGAGAUGUUCACUUCGAUGAUGACGAGAAAUGGACGCUGGGACCAUCAGGGACCGACCUAUUCCUGGUUGCCGCUCACGAGCUUGGCCACUCCCUGGGUCUCUUCCACUCGGACAAAGAAGCUCUGAUGUACCCUGUCUACAAGUUCUCCACCGGCUCGGCCCAGUUCCAGCUGUCUCAGGAUGAUGUAGAUGGCAUUCAGUCCCUGUAUGGACCACAGCCCUUCUCGGAUGCCACAGUGGUACCCAUGUCCUCUGUCUCUCCGAGACCUGAGAUCCCAGCCAAGUGUGAUCCUGCUCUGUCCUUUGAUGCAGUCAGCACCCUAAGAGGGGAACUGCUGUUCUUUAAAGACAGGUACUUUUGGCGCAUGUCCCGCUGGAAUCCCGAGCCUGAAGUCCAUUUGAUUUCGGCAUUUUGGCCCUCUCUUCCUUCACACUUAGAUGCGGCCUAUGAAGCUCACAGCAAAGACAGAGUUUUCAUUUUUAAAGGAAACCAGUUCUGGGCAGUCCGAGGAAAUGAGGUCCAAGCAGGUUAUCCAAAAGCGCUCCACACUCUCGGCUUCCCUCCCACCGUGAAGAAAAUCGACGCAGCUGUUAGUGACAAGGAGAGGAAGACCACGUACUUCUUUGUUGAGGACAAAUACUGGAGAUUUGAUGAGAAGAGACGUCUUAUGGAUAAAGGCUUCCCCAGGCUGAUAAAAGACGACUUUCCAGGAAUCGAGCCACAGGUUGAUGCUGUGUUGCAGGCAUUUGGGUUUUUUUAUUUCUUCCGUGGAUCAUCCCAGUAUGAGUUUGACCCCAAUGCCAGGACGGUGACACACACCCUGAAGAGUAACAGCUGGCUUCUCUGCUGACUGUCACAGAAGAUACACAAACACUGGAAAAUGCGUCCCUCAUUUCUCACUUAAUUUAUUGCAUGUCACAAUGACUAACUAUUCCUGUAUGCUGUGUGGCUCAGGAAGACGAGUCCAGGAGUCUUUCUCGUGAGCAUUUCCUGGACCCUGUACUUCUCUUGAGUCGUGUUGCACAGAAGUGAAAACCUCUCAUCUCAGCAGUGACAGGGUGUGUCUCCGCGCAUCUCCUAUUGUUUAAUAAAGAGCUUUAUUUUUGGACCA